UUGUGUUAAAGUGUUGCCAGUGAUUCAAUGUAGAUGCAUGGGAUCAUUAAUUUCCGGUUCUAAAGGCAAGGACAAGGCAAAAGAGACGCAGAAAAGUUUUCUCACGGCUACACAUGACCUCUAGACGCGUUGUCUAUGCGUCUCGUUCGGUAUCACAUCGGCAUACGGCAGAAAGGCAUAACGCGAACGGAAUUCAAACAAAACCAACAGAAAAAUGAAACCGUUUAAGCUGAUUGUAAUCUUCAUGAUUGUAUCAUUCUGCAUCAAUGCGCAUGCAGCAAAUAUUCAAGCCAAGAAUGAAGCUGAAAAUGACACAAUAAGUCUCACCGUCGACUCGAUUUAUAUUCCCUUGUUUACCAAGAUUCCAUCAGCGCCCAUCGCACUCAAUGAAACAUACGACCAAUUCAAUACAGCAAUAGCCGAACUUGAGGCAAAUACGAAUUUAAAUGAUGGAACAAAUAUUAUAUUUGAUCUCGUUCUAGAUAAUGAUGCCAUACCUAACAUACAAAAUACAUUUAUCUUAGAGCAGGUCAAUAACACCGCAUACAUAAAGCUGGGAGGCAAACUUGACUAUGAAAAGGUGCAAGAAUAUAGAAUCACGGUACGAGCAAUGAAUGUAAAGGGCUUGAAGGCAGAAGCAGUGGUUCUAAUCAAGAUCCUGGACGAGAACGAUAAUAUUCCAGAGAUCACAGGAAACCUUAAUGGAGUUAUACUGGAGCACGAGCCAGCAGGCACGUUUGUGAUGCAAGUAAAGGCACAUGAUAAUGACGGGACAUCGAGCCACAACAUCGUAUCAUACCGACUCGAAGGAACUGCUCGACAGUAUUUCCACAUUGACAGUAAAACUGGCAACAUUACGUCAUUGGUGGAGUUCGAUCGUGAGGCGAAGGAUAUUUAUCCUGUAACUGUGAUUGUCGAAGAUAACUCACCGUCCGUGCUGUUCAAUAAUGGAAAGCCAAACAGUGCGGUAAAACAGUUGUUCAUAAGAGUUUUGGACAAAAACGAUCAUCCACCACGGUUUGAUGAACAAUACUACGAGGUGAACAACAUACCAGAAGACGCUGACAUCAAUACAAGUGUUAUCAAGGUGAAGGCAAUGGAUAUGGACAAAGAUCCCAAGAUUAAAUACAGCAUAAUAGAGAAUAACAUUGGAAAGGCAUUUAAGAUCGAUGAGGACACCGGACUUAUUUCAGUUAACAAAAAGCUCGACUAUGAAUCGAUUCAAGAAUACGAUUUAGUCGUGCAGGCCUAUGACGGCCGUUUUAAAAGCACAACCAACGUAUGGAUUCAAAUAAAAAAUCUGAAUGACAUUGCACCGCAAAUUUUGACCUUAACAAACGUCACGAUCAAGGAAAACACCAUUCCUUUGGAUUGUAUUGCAAAUUUGUGGGCCUAUGAUCCAGACAUCGAGAAUUUCGAGUACCCACAAAACAUACAAUAUGCACUUCCCAAAGAACACCAGCACCUCUUAAGCAUCGACGACAAAGGAUGUCUUAAACUGCUCCAGCCUCUUGAUCGUGAUCCUCCACAUGGGCAAGAAGUGAUACAAAUCAAUAUUACCAUUACAGAUGAAAAUGGUAAGGGAAGAACGGUGAUGGAAACAGUUUACAUCUUCGUUGAAGACAUUAACGACAACGCGCCCCAGCUCACCAAUAGAAUGCCAGUUGUGUGGAGUGAGAACCGCCCUUCAGCCAUGAUCACGAAGCUGACUGCAAAAGACGCUGAUGGAGAGCACAAUGGACCGCCGUUCUUCUACAGUGUUGAUCCCGAUGCCCCAACCGAAAUCAAAAAUCGCUUCCAGACUGUAGGUGAUGAGCUGUAUUCAUUGGUGGAGUUUGAUCGGGAGCAGCAGAAACAAUACUUGGUACCGAUACUGAUUCGAGACUCGGGUCACAAACCGAUGAGCGCCGUCAGCAAACUGUUGGUGGUGAUUGGUGACAAAAAUGACAACGAAAUGCAAAUGGGCCAGAGCCACAUUCUCGUCAACAAUUACGAAGGCAAGCUUGCAGAUACGCAGUUAGGACGAGUGUAUGUCAGCGAUCCAGAUGAUUGGGAUGUAUCAGACAAGAUGUUUCUUUGGGAUGAGAUGACGCCCGAGACGAAUAGGAAGCUCUUCAAGCUCAACUUCAACACCGGUAUGAUCACGAUGAUAAAAGGCACACCCGAAGGAAUAUACAAUCUAGCGUUCACUGUGAUUGAAGAAUCAUCCUAUUUUCCACGCCACAACGUAUCUGUUCGAGUGACGGUGACAGUGAAGAAUAUCUCGGCGAAAACAGUCAACCAGAGUGGAUCGAUUCGCUUCUACAAUGUAACUGCUGAGACAUUCAUAUCUCAGACACUGGGUGAGCUCAACACUCCCAUGUAUCGACUUCAGCAAAGCAUUGCAAGCAUUCUGGAUACCAGCCCAGAUCAGGUGGACAUAUUCACGAUCAACAAUCGUAAGCUUGCCCGGGGUGCAUUCUUGGACGUGUUCUUUACAGUAGAUGAUACUAUUUACACAUCGUCAGAGGUCUUAAAUGCAGUGUUAAGUUUGCAUCUACGCCAAUUGGAGGAAGACGUCGGGUAUCGGAUUGUGACGGUUGGUAUCGAUGAGUGCAUCGAGAAAGGACAUACAUGUACACAGACAUGCAAGAACAAGGUCCUUAAAACAGCAAAACCAAUCGUAGUGAACACCAACACUAGCUCGUUUGUGGGAAUGACCACAUUGGUGCAAGCACAAUGCAUCCCACAGAUAGAAUCUUCGCUAGUAGCAUGCUUCAACGGUGGCACUUUCCAGAAUGGUAAAUGUAAUUGUCCCAUGGGGUUCGAAGGUUCCCUGUGUGAGAAAUUGGACAUCUGUUUUGAUGGAAGUGGGUAUGCAAUCUAUCCAUCGAUCAACAGUGGCAACGUAAACAACAUCAGCAUUGAGUUAUUGCCCCGACAUAAAGACGGGUUGGUAUUCUACAUGGGUCCUCUGAAGUAUGACCCAUCUUUGAAGACAUCACCUUUUCUGGCAUUAGAAAUCAACGAUGGUAUGUUGGUCUUACUAUUGGAUUAUGGAACUGGGACGAGCCGUUUCGAGCAUCAACAAAUAGUUUUACACGAGAUUAUUAAAGUUCAGGUUAUUUUACAGCCAUAUAGGAUUGAGAUAAAAACAGUGACCAAUAAGAUGGUGAGCAGUAGGAGUCAUUAUGAAAAUAAGGAUUGGAGUGGGUUUCUUACAGGUAAUGUGUCUCUUCAACUAGGAGUUUCAUCAAUUAGUCUCGAUAAGCUGGGAUCGCUAUACAGCUGGAAAUAUGUACCAUUUACGAAGAGUUUUGAUGGUUGUCUACGCAAUCUUACAAUAAACGGGCGCACGAUAGACUUUACCCAAACGAGUCAAAAACAUAAUAUUUUAUUCAUUUCCCAGGGAUUCACAGCAAUAGGUGAACAAAUUUUGUUGGUAUCGAUUGUAACUUCAAGUAUAGCGAUAAUGGCGAUGUCGAUAGUAAUCGUUAUACGAUUAAAGGACUACUUACAAUCAUGGAUUGAGAUAUUAAUCAGAAAACUGCAAACAAAAUCAAUUGACACGAUGGUAGAAUUGCAUCCUGCACCUGAACAAUUACCAUCUUUUACCGAAGUCGAUGAAAGAUGUGUCGGAUUGUUGAGUGGUAUGUCAACUCAUUAAAUCAAUUUUGAUAUUUUCUAGUGGUUCCAUAAUCUCUUAGCUAGAGUAGCAAUAUCUUUUAAUUUUAUAGUAUAACAGUGACCGUUCGACAUCAUAGGACAGAGAGACAGAAAAUAAGUUGAACAAAAUAUUAGAUCAUCAAAGGAUAAUCACUUUAGCUAGUUCGUACUAAUUUUAAGAUAAUUAUCUUGUAAAAAUAAUACUUUUAACUUUUUAUAUGUAGAAAUGUUAAUCAAAAAUAAAGGGUUGGUAGGUUGAGAGUAUACAGAUCUCGGUCCAAUGCUCUUUUCCAUACACCUUCCCAUUUUUUUUGAAGUUCUUACAUUUCUCAACCGAUAAUCUCUAUCAGGCUAGUUUAGCAAUCUCACAUUCUGCUGCUACCUCAUUAAUACUUCGUAACAUAAAUGAUUUAACAAUAUAUUGAAUACUAUAAGCAUAAUACAAUCCAACAUUCGGUAACUGCUUGUCGUGUCUAAUUACUAGUUGAAAACCCACGUUACCAGUAAGAAACCCACUCCAUUUCCUCAUUUCAUAACGAUUUUCUUAAACGACCAA